AUGUUUUCUCGUUCAACUCUUCUUCUUCAACAAUUAACAACAAUAAAUGCACAUCGAAAUAUCUCAUUUAAACAAUUAAAUGAAAUAAAACCAAUUCUUACUCGAAAUCUUGCUUGGUUUUCUGGACAAUCAGCCAAGCAAACUUUUGGUGGAAAAUUAAAGCGACGUUUAAAAAAUCUUUUAAUUAUUACUGUUGUUGGUGUUGGUACAUUUUAUAGUUAUCGUGGUUAUCGUCGUUAUAAAUGGUAUAGUGAAAUGAGUGAUUCGGAUAAAACAAUUGGUACUAAACCACGUAUAGUUGUUCUUGGAACAGGUUGGGGUGCUGUACCACUUUUAAAACAUCUUGAUACUCAAAAAUAUGAAGUUAUUUGUGUAUCACCACGUAAUUAUUUUUUAAUGACACCAUUACUACCAUCUGUUAGUGUCGGUACAGUUGAAACUCGUACUGUAAUCGAAUCUAUUCGUUCACUUGUUGGACCACGUGUUAAAUUUGUUGAAGCAACUUGUAUUAAUGUCGAUCCAAAAGCCAAAACUAUUACAUGUAAUAACAAUGGAGAACAAAAUGUAUCACGUGGUGAUGAUGUUAAAACAAUAGUUGCACCACCAUCGCGUGAAAGUGGUGCUUCAUCAAGAAUUAUUAAAGAUUCAGCUCGAACACGACCACAAUUCGAUAUGAAAUAUGAUAUACUUGUUGUUGCUGUUGGAUCAGAAAAUAAUACAUUUAAUACUCCAGGUGUUGAAGAACAUGCACAUUUUCUUAAAGAACUUCUUGAUGCUCGACGUAUUCGUUCAGCAAUUAGUGAUGCAUUUGAAUCAGCUAUGACACCAACACAAACAAUAGCAGAAAGAAAACGUCUUUUACAUUUUGUUGUUGUUGGAGGUGGACCAACAGGUGUAGAAUUUGCUGCAGAACUUGCUGAUUUAGUUCGCGAAGAUCUUCAACAUUAUUUUCCACGUCUUGUUUCUAGCGAUGUAAAAAUAACAUUAAUCGAAGCUCUUGACCAUGUGUUAUCUAUGAUGGAUAAAAAAAUUAGUGAUUAUACAGAAAGACAUUUUCGUCGUGAAAAUAUUGAUGUAUUAAUGAAUACGUUUGUUAAAGAAGUUAAACAACGAGAAGUUAUUAUUCAAUUAAAAGGUUCCGAAGAACGUAUAUCUAUUCCAUGUUCAGUUGUUGUUUGGGCAACGGGUAUUAAAGCACGACCAUUAACAAAUCGAAUUCGAGAAAUAAUUGGUUCAACUAUUCAAACCAAUCGAAUGGGUCUCUUAACUGAUCGAUAUUUACGUGUGAAAGGUGUUGAAGAUGGUUCAAUCUUUGCUCUUGGUGAUUGUGCUACAAUUGCACAACCAAAAUUAGUUGAUCAAAUUCAAUUAUUAUUCGAAGAAGCAGAUACACAACAUCGAGGUUCACUUGAUCUCAAUCAAUUUCAAACAUUAGUUGAAAAGAAAGUCACAGAAUUUCCACAGCUUGAAAUAUUUUCGAAGAGUAUUGAAAAAGCUUUUGCAGAAGCUGAUAAAGAAAAAUCUGGUUAUGUCACUUUAACUGCACUUCGUGCUAUUUUGGAAAAAGCUGAUCAAAAAAUUCGUGCAUUACCAGCAACAGCUCAAGUUGCAUCUCAAGAAGGUCGUUAUGUCGCUCAUUUACUUAAUCAAGUAACUGAUAUUCAAUCAACUGAUUUUAAACAACAAAAUUUAAAACCAUUUCAAUAUAAACAUAUGGGUGCAUUAGCAUACGUUGGCGGUGAUUCAGCAGUACUUGAUUUUACUGGUUCAAAACCAGUUUUUGAUUUAUUUAAUUUACAACCAUUAUCAGGUCGUAGUGCUGCUUAUUUAUGGAAAUCAUUUUAUUUUACAGAAAUGUUUACUGGCCGAACAAAAACUUUACUUGCAUUUGAUUGGGUUCGUACACACAUAUUUGGACGAGAUAUUAGUCGAUAUUAA